UUUUCAUCCUCGUAUAGGAACUACCUGCUUUAUAUCAGACGACCAGAAGGGGGUUGGCGGCAGCACUUCAAAUUUGUUUUGGCAGCGGUUAAGUUUUUUUCUUUAAGCCACUUAACUGUCUGCUUCCUGACGUCCUCAGCAGCUGGAAACAAACGGGUGAAGGAUGCAGGAGGACAAAGUUGUCUUUUCCCGGUCUCAUUUGGUCUUUGCAGGCACGAAACCGCUGGAGGAUGCGUUAGAGAUGUUUGUCCCGGAGUCUAAACAUUUUAUGAACUCAGAUACUGAGCUGUGGAACUUCCUCUGCAGUCUCAAGCAAGACUUCUCACCGGUUAUCCUGCGCAGCAAGGACGUUUACGGCUACUCUUCAUGUAGCUCCGUAGUACCGGACCCCAACGCUCUGUCCCGUAAAAAGCCCAAAGAAAUAACUCCGCCGAAGAUACCGAGACAGGAACCUGUCAAGCGUAAGCGGCGACCCGCGAGGUUCAGUACCAAGAAGCGGCGCCAAGUGCGAGCUGGCAGCGCUGGUGUUAGCGAGGAGUCCGGCAGUUGUACCAGCGGAGGUAGCGGCUGCAGCAGCCCCACGCCAUCGGACACCCAAGUGGUCUUCACCAAAGGGAAGACUCUGGAGGAAAUGUGGAAAGCAGCAGCGCCGAAACUGGCAAAGUUCCCCACUAUACGGGUCAGGGAUGUGUCCUGCCCGGCCAAAGUGGCAGCUGCCCGCUUGAGAGCGCAAAGGAUCCUGCGAGUAAACUUGCAGCCCGUAGUGAUGGUCAGACGUUACCCCGUGAUCCUGUCCUGAAACCCGCCCUGCCCCAGCCACCUCUACCGGGACUCCGAGCUCUGUAUGCACUUUCACUGCUGGGCUUUAUGAGCACAUAAACUGGGGGCAACGGCAGAUACAAGUCAACUUGUUUACGUAUUCUUCCACGAUUUCUUGCACUUUACUGUACAGAUGACUACUUCAAACUACGGGUUUUCCCGUUAAUGACUUUAUUUUUUUUUGUUCCAUGCAAAUGUCUGUGUCAGGAGAUGUAUGAUGCUGAAAUGGUGCGGGGCACAGACUUUUCAAGGAGUUGUUGCAAUAAGGGGCCCAAGCACAAAUCACACUUGGGAGUGGAUUUUUGAAUUAUUAUUAAUUGGUGCCACUGAAGUUCCUAUGAUUUAUUUGAGACGUUAUGCAGCGUUUUUAUAGGACUAGUCAUCAAGAAUGUUGGUUUACUCAUCACUAGUCAUCAAGAUAAUGACGUCAGAUUUGGAUUUCACAUUUGACACAGAGAGCUGUGAAGCAAUCGGAUCUGCUUUAUUUAUGCAAAGGAACUUGUGAACCAGAUUUCCCCCUAUCCCGUUUUUUUUUUUUUGCCCUAUGUUUCAUUGGCAACAACUACCUCACCAUUCUGGUGCUCUACACAGUAAAACGAAUCCAAAGACUGAGUUUGUUUAUGUAUCAUUUAACUUUAUUAUGCAUACUUGUGCUAUUUUGCCAAUUAUAUGGUCUAUAAUCUGACGUUAAAUAACUGUGACAGGACAUCUCUGUAAUACAUUUAAACUUGAAAUGGUAAAAUCAUAACCAGUACAAGGAAUAUCCUAAUUUGUUAUUUUGAAUGACAUGUGUUUUUGUUUUGACUUAUGAUUAUUUUCAAGCCCUAAUGAACAAACUUAAGUUGGUUUUUUGUGUGAUUUGCAUAAUAUAUACUAAGUACUGUUCUCAGUGGAACUGGACAUAGUUUUAUUUGAGUAUGCAACUGUAUUAGGGUCAUUGCAUAGUUUAGUGGAACCUUCUGAUGCUUCACAGACUAUUGAUUGACUUUUUAAAUUUGAUAGACGUGGCAUUGAUGCUCCAUAAUGCUUGAGGUACUGCUGAAGGAUAUAGUGAUAUGAUAGACAAUGCCAUUAAUGUCUUGUAAAUGUGCCUUUAUAACAAAGCUACAAUGUGUGGCCCAAAAAUAUUUCUAAUGAACUGUCUAUAGGAUAGAUAAUGGUGCUAGAUCUACUUUGUAGAAUGUUUAGAAUCAGAUAUAGAACACAUACAAUAGUAUAUUUAAAUAGUAUUUUCAUACAUUCAAAUUGUUAUUGUGUACUUUACUUUCAAAUACUGAAGGACUAUAGAUUUGUCUUCAUAUUUUAUACAUAUUACAGAUUGCUGUUUUGGUUCUUACAACAGUGCCUAUAGUAACUACUGUUCCAAUUUAGUGCAGUCAAUGGAUACAGUUCACUGCAACGCAUGUUAUUUUGUUUCCAUCUUUUAUUGGUUACAACAAUUGUAGUAUGCCUUAGUUACUUUUGCUUUAAUCAGGAACAUCGAUAUACAGUUUGUAUUGUUACAAGCAUUUCCACAAUGAAUAGAGUUAGACUAUUGCCAGCUUAGUGGUGAUAAAAUAUUACACCAUAACUAUUUUUACUGUGGGUUUUUUUUAUUUAUUUUUUUAUUUCAUUGUUUAACUUAUUAUGUGUAAAUAAACUGUCUCUAUCUUCAUCAAA